AUGUCCAAGAAUGACGCAGCCGCCAGCAAGCGCAUGAGCACCAACACGAGCAUCUUCACCACGACAGACAUAGACGGCGCCCAUUCCUCUGCCGCUGCGAGACCAUUUACGUCAUCGUCUUCAGCCAAUUCCUCGUCGCGCCGCGGUGGUCCCGAGCACUCCUCUCCGACACAUCUCCGUCUCGAUCGUCAUACCGGUGGUGACCAUGUCGACGACGACGACCACCACCACCACCAGGAAGAACAAUCUAUCAUAAACGAGAAGGGACCAUCCCACCCAGACUCUGCGCUGCCCCUCAUGCAUAGCCCGUCGUCGGAACAGCGGCAAGGCCGCUCGCCGUCGCACCGCCGCCGUGGCCGAGAUGAUGACCGGCGUCAUCCCCCUCCUUCCGAUGUAUUGCCAUCUCAGAUGGCUCCUUGGAUGGUACCGGGCGGUGGCAGCAGUCGCCCCUCCACUCCCGCCCAGCAGACCGGCGCCAGCUUCUACGACGACUCGAGCGACACGCAAUCGACUCCUUCGCAGGCCUCCCCCCGCCACCAGCCUGCUGCUGCUGCCGCUCCUGCUGCCUCCUCCCACACCGAUCAUGAUGACAGCAACAACAACAACAACAGCAGCAGCAGCAACAACAACAACAACAACAACAACAACAACAACAACAGCAACAGCAACAACAACAGCAGCAACAGCUACGAUGGCUACAGGGAUUCGCCCGAGUCGUUGUUGGCCUUCGGCGACCACGACGACCGCCGCCCCUCGCUGGUCAGCAUCGCCACCGUCAGCAGCCAGGGCUCAAAGGCGAGCAUGAACCGCGGUGGCCUGCGCAAGCUCCAGGGCUUCUUUGGCGAGGAGUUCCCUGGACGUGACAGCUCGGAUAACAGCCUGGCCACGUCAUUUACCGGCGGCAGGGACCGCUGCUCACGCUCCUACAGCCACCAGUCGCAGCGCGACCGCAAGCCUUCCAAUGCCACCUCGACGGAUCAGACCAGGGACGUCUCCCCCUCCUCGUCGAGGCCCAGGUCCCCCGUCCCAGCCCCCGAGGUGGUUCCAUUCCUCUACCAGGAUAACUCGGACAUUGCACUCUAUGGUGAAGCCCCCGUCCGCAACAGCCUCGCAGGACUCGAUCGCGAUCGCUACAAGGCCGAGACGCAGAACCAGACGCAGCACCCGCCCAAGACAUCGUCAUCCGCCCGCUCCGGCCACUCCAACUUCCACCUCCCAGGUCAUCACCACCGGCACAAUCGAAGCCAUGACGACCAGCGAAGCAUGAGGAUAGCAGCGUCGAGCCGAGACGAGUCCGCCAACGGUUCCCAGAUCACAAUGGCCAGAGACAAGGGGAAGCGAGCGCCUGCGCCGAGCACGCGGUCCGGCGCGGACAGCCCGACGCCGAGCGCCAGCAGCAUACCGAUCCCUGGCUCCGCCUCCCGAGGCUCGCCCAUGGACGUCAACAACUCACCGCCCACCCACCACAGCAAGUUUGGCCUCCUCGGCCGCUUCCGCAAACACCACAAGGACAAGGACGACGCCGGCUCCUCGAGACUCAAGUCGCUGCCUCAGUCGACCCGGUCACUCCAGACCAGCCAGACCGCCGGCCCGCCCGAGCUGUCUCCGUCCGCCACCGUCCCCCCGUCCAUAUACGGCGGCGCCGAGCAGGACGGUAGCGAAUCCCUGGCCCAGUCGCGCCGCGGCGCCACCUUCAACAACAGGUUCCCCUUCUCCUCCGCCAAGAAGAAGCCGACGAACCGGCCCGCCGAGGAUGAUGACGAGCACAUCGGCCCGACCGACCGCAGCGACCCGGGACACGUGUACCACCUCGACACCAACCUGAACGACAUGGAAGGCAUCUUGUCGAAGCCGCCGGCCCUGGCCCCCAUCGACCUCGCCUUCAUCAACGACCCGGAACGCCGCGAGUCCGUCGCCUCGCCGCCGCCAAAGGGACGGUGGGACGCGCCCGACAGCUGGGCCGUGCGGCGCGGCACCGACGACAACACGUACCAGACCCCCGAGCUCGACGAGACCCAGACGCCUCCGCGCGACGAGGAGAAGCUGAAGUCCUACUGCAUCCGCAUCUUCCGCUCCGACGGCACCUUCUCCACGCACUCCAUGCCGCUCAACGCCAGCGUGACCGAGGUCAUCUCCCAGGUCAUCAAGAAGACGUACGUCGUCGACGGCCUCGAGAACUACCACAUCAUACUCCGGAAGCAGUCGCUGAUCCGGGUCCUGGGCCCCAACGAGCUGCCGCUGCUCAUCCAGAAGCGCCUGCUGCAGCAGGUCGGCUACGAGGAGAGGGAUCGCAUAGGCGACCUGGGCCGCGAGGACAACAGCUACCUGUGCCGCUUCAUGUUCCUCUCCGCCAAGGAGAGCGACUUCCACUCCAAGAUGGCCGACCUGGCCGUGCCCAGGAACCAGAAGCUCAACUACGUCGACCUGUCGGCCCGCAACCUCAUCACCAUACCGAUCUCGCUCUACUCGAGAGCCGCCGACAUCAUCUCCCUCAACCUCUCGCGCAACCUGUCGCUCGACGUGCCCCGGGACUUCAUCCAGUCCUGCAAGAACCUCCGCGACAUCAAGUUCAACAACAACGAGGCCCGGAGGCUGCCGCCGAGCCUGUCGCGGGCCGGCAAGCUCACCUACCUCGACGUCUCCAACAACCGCGUGGAGCACCUCGAGCACGCCGAGCUCGACACGCUCUCGGGCGUGCUCAAGAUGAACCUGGCCAACAACCGCCUCAAGAGCCUGCCGCCCUACUUCGGCGCCUACCAGGCCCUGCGGUCGCUCAACAUAUCCUCCAACUUCCUCGACGAGUUCCCCCGCUUCCUCUGCGACCUGCAGAGCCUCGUCGACCUGGACCUCAGCUUCAACACCAUCAGCCAGCUACCCGACGAGAUCGGCAACCUCAAGAACCUGGAGAAGCUCCUCGUCACCAACAACAGGCUGUCCCACUCGGUCCCCCGCUCGUUCGCCGACCUCAUCAGCCUCCGCGAGCUCGACAUCAAGUACAACGGCAUCACCUCCAUCGACGUCAUCUCGGAACUGCCCAAGCUGGAGAUCCUGUACGCCGACCACAACGGCAUCUCGGCCUUCACCGGCCGCUUCGAGCGCCUCCGGCAGCUCAAGCUCAACUCCAACCCGCUCAACAAGUUCGAGAUUGAGGAGCCCAUCCCCACGCUCAAGUCGCUCAACCUGUCCAACGCGCAGCUGGCCAGCAUCGACUCGGCCUUCCACCACAUGCCCAACCUGGAGAACCUCGUGCUGGACAAGAACUACUUCGUCUCGCUGCCCGCCCAGAUCGGCACCCUGCUCAGGCUGGAGCACUUCAGCAUAGCCAACAACUCGGUCGGCGAGCUCCCCCCCCAGAUCGGCUGCCUGACGGAGCUGCGCGUCCUCAACGUGCGCAACAACAACCUCAGCCGCCUCCCCAUGGAGAUCUGGUGGGCCAAGAAGCUCGAGGUGCUCAACGCCUCGUCCAACAUCCUCGACCACUUCCCCAAGCCGGCGUCGCGGCCGCCGCGGGUGCCGGGCGAGGACCAGCCGGAGCCGACGACGCAGAACGGCAGGCCGACGCUGGGCUCCCUGUCGUCCGCCCCCAGCUCGGACGAGCUCGCCGAGGAGAGGCGUCCCAGCCAGGGCUCGAGCACGCUCCUCAGCGUGGGGACGCUGCAGACGGCCGACAGGAAGAGCCCCAUCAUCUCGGUGUACGGCAAGGGCGGGCGCCAGACGUCCGUCAUCUCGAGGAAGAACGGGUCCACGGCGGGCAUCUCCGGGCCGCCGCCGCCGCCGCCGCCGCCGCUGCCGCCGUCGUCGGGCGCGACGGCCGUGGGCGGCGGCGGCAGGAAGGACUCGAGCCUGAACUCCAGACUGAUCAACACCUUUGCCGGGUCGCUCCGGAACCUGUCGCUGGCGGACAACAGCCUGGACGACGACGUGUUCGACCAGAUCACGCUGCUGGCGGAGCUGCGCGUCCUCAACCUCUCGUACAACGACGAGAUCAGCGACAUGCCCCAGCGAUCCAUCAAGAGCUGGCCGCAGCUCGUCGAGCUGUACCUGUCCGGGAACGGGCUGACGACGCUGCCCGCCGAGGACCUGGAGGAGUCGAGCCUGCUGCAGGCCCUCUACAUCAACGGCAACAAGUUCACCAACCUCCCGGCCGACAUCUCGAGGGCCAAGAAGCUGGCCGUGCUCGACUGCGGAAACAACUACCUCAAGUACAACAUCUCCAACGUGCCGUACGACUGGAACUGGAACCUCAACCCGAACCUGCGGUACCUCAACCUGUCCGGCAACAAGAAGCUGGAGAUCAAGCAGAGCGCGUGGAGCGGGACGGCGGCGAUACCCGGCAUGGGGGACAGGGAGCAGUACGCCGACUUCAGCCGGCUGACCAACCUCCGGGUCCUCGGCCUGAUGGACGUGACGCUCACGCAGCCGAGCAUCCCGGACCAGAGCGAGGAUCGCCGGGUGCGGACCUCGGGCUCGCUGGCGGGCCACCUGCCGUACGGCAUGGCCGACACGCUGGGCAGGAACGAGCACCUGUCGACCGUGGACCUGGUGGUGCCGCGCUUCAACUCGUCCGAGUCGGAGAUGCUGCUGGGCCUGUUUGACGGGCAGGCCCUGUCGAGCGGCGGGUCCAAGAUCGCCAAGUACCUCCACGAGAACUUCGGCAACGUUUUCGCCCAGGAGCUCAAGGGGCUCAGGAAGGCGGCCGAGGGCAGCGGGGGCGAGGACGAGACGCCGGCCGACGCGCUGCGGCGGGCCUUCCUGGCCGUGAACAAGGACCUGGCCACCAUCACGGUGCACCACGCCGAGGACAGGCCCAGGACGACGCAUCGGGGCUCGGCCCAGUCGCUGGUCCUGAGCAAGGAGGACCUCGCCUCGGGGGGCGUGGCCACGGUGGCGUACCUCCGGGGCACGGAGCUGUACGUCGCCAACGUGGGCGACGCGCAGGCCAUGGUGGUGCAGAACGACGGGUACACCAUCCUGACGCGCAAGCACGACCCGGCGGAGCCGUCCGAGCGGUCGCGCAUCCGCGAGGCCGGAGGCUGGGUCUCGCGCAACGGCCGGCUCAACGACACGCUGGAAGUGUCGCGGGCGUUCGGGUACAGCGACAUGAUGCCGAUCGUGCAGGCCGCGCCGCACGUCAGCAACAUGACGGUCCGGCAGCAGGACGAGGCCAUCGUGCUGGCGACCAAGGAGUUCUGGGAGUACCUCUCGCCGGGACUCGUGUCCGACAUCGCCCGCGCGGAGCGGCAGGACCUGAUGCGCGCGGCCCAGAAGCUGCGCGACCUGGCCAUCGCCUACGGCGCGUCGGGCAAGAUCAUGGUCAUGGUCAUCAGCGUGGCGGAUCUCAAGAGGCGCGUCGAGCGGUCCAAGAUGGGAGGCUCCCGCGGACCCAGCAUGUCCCUGUACCCGUCAGGCAUCCCCGACGACGCGCAGCUGCUGCUGGCGGCGACGACGACGCGCAGGCCGCGCAAGGGCAAGGGCGGCGACGUGCUGGACUCGUCGCUGAACCGGCUCGAGGCCGAGAUCCCGGCGCCGACGGGUAAUAUCGCCAUCGUCUUCACCGACAUCAAGAACUCGACGAUGCUGUGGGAGAUGUGCUCCAGCGCCAUGCGGUCGGCCAUCAAGCUGCACAACGACGUCAUGAGGCGGCAGCUGCGGCGCAUCGGCGGGUACGAGGUCAAGACGGAAGGCGACGCCUUCAUGGUGUCCUUCCCGACGGCGACGUCGGCGCUGCUGUGGUGCUUCGCCGUGCAGCUGAGCCUGCUGACGGUGGACUGGCCGGCCGAGGUGCUGUCGGCGUCGUCGGCCGAGGUGCUGACCGACAAGGACGACACGCUCAUCUCCAAGGGGCUGUCGGUGCGCAUGGGCAUCCACUACGGCGACUGCGUGAGCGAGACGGAUCCGGUGACGCGGCGCAUGGACUACUUCGGCCCCAUGGUGAACAAGGCGUCGCGCAUCUCGGCGGUGGCCGACGGCGGGCAGAUCACGGUCUCGUCCGACUUCAUAUCGGAGAUCCAGCGCUGCCUGGAGACGUACCAGGACACGGACCGCGACCGCGAGCGGCGCGACCGCAGCGGGUCGGACGAGAUGGCGGCGGCGGCCGGCUUCGACGAGGAAUCCUACGCCAACUCGGUCCGGAAGGACCUCCGGUCGCUGACGUCCCAGGGCUUCGAGGUCAAGGAGAUGGGCGAGAAGAAGCUCAAGGGCCUCGAGAACCCAGAGGUCAUCUACUCCAUCUACCCGCACGCCCUGGCCGGCCGCAUAGAGUACCACCAGCAGAACGAGCGGCGGGCCGAGGACCCGUCCGACGCCCAGCGCGACAAGGCCACCAUGCUGAGGGCCGGUGCCAAGCUGGACAUGGAGCCGAACACGAUAUUAGACCUGUGGAGGGUCGGCCUCCGGCUCGAGAUGCUGUGCAGCACCCUCGAGGAGGUACGCGGCCCCGGGCUGAGGCCGCCCCCCGAGUCGGAGUUUGUGGAUCGAUUGACGUCGAGGGGUGGUGAGAUGACGGAGAGCUUCUUGGUGAAUUUCAUGGAGCAUCAGAUCAGCAGGAUUGAGGUAUCGACUUUUUCUUCUUUUUUCUGUCUCUUCCUUCCCAACUCUUCUUCUCCUCACAUUUGCUAA